UUGUACAAAAAAAAUGUCGGUUUUUGGCAGAAGAACAAGUGGAUAAACAUAGAAAAAAUAAACAUUUUUUUCCUUUUUCUCUCUUCGAUACAAAUCCAGAUCUAUAAUUAGUUUUCGUUCUUUUUCUUUGUGUUAAAUCAAUUAAACAAAAUUCUCUAUGUGUUAAUUAAUCAAAUCUCUAGAUCGAGAUUAACCGAAGCUCGAUCAAAAGUUUGUAGGUCAUUUUUUUAAGGUAACAUGGCCCAUCAACAAGAUGAUGAUGCUGAUUACAUGGGAAACGAGUAUGAUAUGGAAGCUAUAGAUGAUGAUAUGGAUGAUGAGUUCCAUGGCCGAGAUAUUGGUGGCUCUGAUUCAGAUGCAGAUGAGUAUGACUACAUGAAUAAUAAAAUGCAAGACACCUCAGCUGCUGAGGCAAGGAGAGGCAGAGACAUUCAAGGGAUUCCCUGGGAAAGACUUAGCAUAACCAGGGAGAAAUACAGGCAAACGAGAUUAGAGCAGUAUAAGAACUAUGAAAAUAUUCCACAAUCUGGGGAGGCGUCAGAGAAGGACUGCUUAGCCACAAAGAAAGGGGUUUCGUACUAUGACUUCAGACGUAAUUCAAGAUCUGUUAAAUCAACAAUUUUGCACUUCCAGCUGAGGAAUUUGGUCUGGGCGACGUCCAAGCAUGAUGUGUACCUUAUGUCACAUUUUUCCGUUAUUCAUUGGUCAUCCUUGACCUGCAGCAAGAAUGAAGUUCUGAACGUAUCAGGACAUGUAGCACCGUGUGAGAAGCAUCCUGGGAGCCUCUUGGAAGGAUUUACUCAGACUCAAGUCAGCACUCUUACGGUUAAAGACAACUUGAUGGUUGCUGGGGGAUUUCAAGGAGAACUAAUUUGCAAGUAUUUAGACAGGCCUGGAGUUUGCUUCUGUUCCCGGACAACAUAUGACGAUAAUGCUAUUACUAAUGCUGUUGAGAUUUAUAACACUUCCAGUGGUGCGCUUCAUUUUAUAGCUUCGAAUAACGAUUCUGGAGUUAGAGAUUUUGAUAUGGAGAAAUUUCAACUAUCCAACCAUUUCCGUUUUCCGUGGCCAGUGAAUCAUGCAUCACUGAGCCCUGAUGGUAAGCUUAUUGCAAUAGUUGGGGAUAAUCCUGAAGGUUUAUUGGUCGAUUCCAGAAAUGCCAAGGUUGUUUCACCUCUGAGUGGACAUAUUGACUACUCAUUUGCGUCAGCAUGGCAUCCUGAUGGUCUAACUUUUGCAACUGGCAACCAGGAUAAAACCUGCAGAGUAUGGGAUAUACGGAACUUGUCCAAAUCAGUUGUUGCUCUGAAGGGUAACCUUGGAGCUAUUAGGUCAAUCCGCUACACAUCAGAUGGAAGAUUCAUGGCAAUGGCAGAACCUGCAGAUUUCGUUCAUGUUUUUGAUGUAAAAAGUGGCUAUGAGUCGGAGCAAGAAAUUGAUUUCUUUGGUGAAAUAUCAGGUCUGUCUUUUAGUCCUGAUACAGAGGCCCUUUUCGUCGGAGUCUGGGAUCGCACAUAUGGUAGCCUUCUUGAGUUUGGACGGCGGCACAACUACUCAUACCUUGAUACAAUAAUCUGAACACUCUUGCAUGCUGCUUUGGGUAUGUUUACUUGGCUUAAAGUGGCGCUGGCUUAACUUUGUAAAACCAGUAGCAUAGUCAGGAGUUAGUAGUGGAUUUGGCUGUAAAUUUGUUAUGUUGUGCAAUUUAAGUUUGUCUCAUAAGUUGUUGUGCACCAUUUCUAAGUAUCAGAGGACUAGAAUGGAGUAUGUACAAAAGGGAAGAGACUCCAGUGACGUGAACAAGAAAAACUAUAGCGUUGUUUCCAUAAGGCAUAGGCCAGAAACUUUGAUUUGUGCUGGGUGGGGUAUGGGUUGUUUAUCAUGUAUUGGGAUCUUGAAUUCAUACUGAAAGUUGACUCAUCGA